AUGGCAACAAGUAUAACUCUGCAGUUACUGGACUAUACGAUAGACGGGUAUUUUAGUAAGGCAAAAGCAUUAUGUGAUGAAGCAACUGUGGAAAUUAACACACUCAAAAGAAAAUACGGUAAACAUUUCACAGACUGUCAAACACACGCUAUCGAAAAUGUUAGAAGAGUAAUAAACCAUUUGGUUACCAACCAGACAAUGUCAGCUAAAAGAAAGCCAAUGAAGGAGGUUCAUCCAUCCGAUCGAACUAGCGGCAUUCAAAACCACUACAUCGAUGAGCAGAAAGGCGAAGAUAGUCGACACUUAAAAAGAGCAAUCCAUGCACUGAGGCUAAACAACCCUGACAUUCCUGACCUGAGUGAUACGAACAGACCAACCAAAAUAGCUGAAAAAUUUUCCGAGCUUUAUGAUAAUGAGUGGACAGAGGCGUUUGAAUCACUUUGUAAAACGGAAACGAGUUCGGAAAAAAGAAACAUUGAAACCCUCCUUAACAUUGUCCAGGAUGGGUAUGAAUUUUGCCGGGUAGAAGCAGAUAGGCAAAUUGACAAUCUACAAUCAAUUUGCAUAAGAUUUAUUAAAGGAGAACAAUUACCGUCAUCCCGAAAGUAUACAGAUCCGCCAUAUGAUAAAGGUAGAGAACACCUAGUUCAGUACCGGAAAGACAUCGCCCAACUCUCUUUGUCGUAUCUGACGGACAAGUUUAAGAGUCAGAUGAAAAUACAAUACAGUGACAAGGGCAUUAUAGCUUAUGUAGAUAAAGCCGUCGAGCUGACAUGGUUGAUGGCGGUUCAAGACCCUCCAGUUUACAUGUGCCCGACUACUACACAUUUCGAUAGCAAUCUCUACAAGCCUUUUACUCGGCCCGGCAAGACACCAUACUUUUUUGUUUGGCCUGCUCUCAAAUUAUGUGAGGAUGGUGGACUACUUAUGAAAGGUGUGGUACAAUACAAACACUAAGGAAUCACUAUUACAUAGAUGACAUGGCAUGUUUAAUGUCAGCAGAGAAUAACUUUCUGUCCAUGACGUACCAAGACUAUUUUGAUUUUGUAAAUAGGUAAUUCACAUAAUGAAAAAAUGCAUUUGUAUGAUAAGUUUAGAUUUUUUAUGUGUUAUGACUUUUUACAAACUUUUAACGAGGCAAAAUAAUGCCAAUUAUGUUAUACAGCAGUGUAGGGAGUAUAGUAUAAAUUGCAUAUUAAUUGUGUAUUAAUAUUAUAAAAUUUGCAGACUUGUUGAUGAUUAUUCACCAAAAUAUGGCCGCAGUAAAAAAUGUAAAUGCCAGCGACAAAGUAUAUUCAUAAAAGUCUUGCCACAAACAUUACGAUAAUUGACGUUACAAAUGAAUGAAUGUAACAGAAAAGU